GAAGCUUCGGCUUAGCCAACCCCAGCUAAUUUCCCCCUCGGCUUAGAUUUCUGGCAUCUUCUAUUUUUGCCCUUUCUUUUGUUUUCGGGUUUACAGGACGGCUCCAUACCCUCGCCCCUGCUCGGUGCACGCAGGCAGGUGAAAAUGUGAUGGGCGCAUGCCGGACUCGGGUUUUGUCGCGCGCUGUUUCCUUUUCCUGGAUUCUUCUUCCGGGAUACCCUUUUUCGAAGCGCCGGCGUUUGUGUGGGUCUAUCUUGCCUUUUUCGCGGAUUAAUCGAAAACCGAAUCGACGACAUAGUGUUAAGCGGCUAGGUCGGUCGGUCAGGUGUGCCUGUAGAACGAUAUCGAAGCAGAUUGUUGCGAAAACAGAAGCACAACAACAACAAACGGUUGCCUGCUUGCAUAUCAGCGGGCUGGGACACUGCAGUUUUACAACGGCUGUAAAUUAUAUGGGAACCUUGAUGGCGUUUCCUGGGCUAGUACUUGAGAGAUGUUGCGUUGCUGUUGGAAGAGUUGGUUUUGCAAGAGAUGUGCGUGUGUGUGUGUGUACAAUACCCUGGUUAUUCCAUCUCCUCUCCUGAUAACGCGAUCUGGGUGGUUUGUGUAAAACGGAUCAGCUAGAUCGUCAGCGAAUGAGACAAAAAAUGUAAUUAUAUCUGAUUGCCCCUGGUGAUUGUGAUGAAAUGUGAUUUAACUUUGAACGAUUUUGGAGAUGAGUAUCUUCUCAUGUCGGCCACGGGUACUUUAUACUGCCUGUUCGAAAAUCAGUAGCUGGAGUAUCCCGUCGUCACACUUCGCUGUAGGAUUCAUCAUAGAAACCCGUACCCUGCGUGAGGAGU